AUGGAGCGCGAGGAUGAUGACCAAGUUCGAGGUUAUGAGAUUGCGCUCGUCGCCGAAGGCCGAAGCCGGACCGGGCAGCCAGCUGCCAUACCACUACCACUCUGCUCCGGUGCACGGACCCGAAGGCAACAUUGGACUACUCUUACUCGAUCCCAUACUCGAUCCCACCGCACCAUCACAAGGGUUAUGAGCGAAGCUCCUGCCAGCAUUGCGACACCUUCAGAUCGAAUUCAAGCCUUGACCAGACACCUUUCUCAUUCGCAGUCUCAGCAUAACAAUCCACUCGACAGCCCGAGCGAACAAACAACAUCAUCGACCCCUCCAUCCUCCUCAGAAGCUACAAUGGCCACUGCGAGACCCCCAAUCACUUGUCACGUCCUCGACACCACGACGGGCCGUCCUGGCGCAGGCAUCGAAGUCACCCUCACCUGCCACUCCCCACAGGCCGCCGUGUCAGGCAUAUUCAGCGCAACGACAAACUCAGACGGCCGCGUAACCGCGUGGACGCAGACGCCCGCCCAAUCACCGCCGGUCGAGCUACAAGAGAUCUACGAGCGCGUGCCGGAAGACACGCUGUGGACGUUGACAUUCACGACGGGGCCGUACUAUGCGCAGAAAGGCAUCAAGCCGUUCUUCCCGGAGGUGGACUUGAAGUUCAUGGUCAGGAAGAAAGCGGAGCAUUAUCAUGUCCCGUUGCUGCUGGGCCCGUACAACUACACAACCUAUCGAGGAUCGUGA